AAAAGCUGGCGACGUGAAGUUAUUUUAUUAAUGUUUAAAACAGCAGGAUAGACAUUUAAAUGACAGAUUUAUCUACUCGUAAAGAUGCUGAUUAUUAACAAGUUUCAGGUUUAUCACGUAGUCAUAUUUGUGGCGAUUGUCGAAGGACAGAAGAUUGUCAACGUGGCGGAGAAUCAUCUUAUGCGCAUCAAGCGUCAAGCUACAUAUGGGUACACCACAGGAAGUGGGAGUACAGCUGGACAAACAACUAAUAACAAAUACUUCCAAAGUGGGGGCACGACAGGAACAGGAUCCAGCAACACGAACGUAUAUUUUCCGACAGGAACUAGUACCGGCACACAAUCGAGUGGCACCAAUUAUAUAAAUUACCCCGCUGGCGGCACCACCACAUCCACGGGGUCUGGUACAACGAAUCAAUACUUCUCGACAGGAGGCAGCACAUCGACUGGGUCUGGUACCACUAAUGCUGGGUAUUAUCCGACAGGGGGCAGCACAUCCACUGGGUCUGGUACCACUAAUAUUGGGUAUUAUCCAACUGGAACCACCACAUCUGGAUCGGGUAAUGCGAACAGAUAUUUUACGACAGGGGGCACCACGUCCACAGGAUCCGGUACAACUAAUGUCGGGUAUUAUCCAGGUGGUAGCACUUCGUCGGGAUCGAGUGUAGUUAACUCUGGAUAUUAUCCAACUAGUGGUACCACAUCUGGUUCAAGCAAUACCAACCAGUAUUUUUCGGCAGGGGGAACAACCGCAACGGGGUAUUAUCCAACUGGGGGAACCACGUUUGGUUCGAGCAAUACGAACAGAUAUUUCCCGACAACAGCAUCAGGAACCACUAACACAGGAUACUAUCCUUCCAGCGGCAGUACAGCGCAGACUGGCAACACCGGUUAUUAUCCUUCCAGCGGCAGUACAACGCAGACUGGCAACACUGGUUAUUAUCCUUCCAGCGGCAGUACAGCGCAGACUGGCAACACCGGUUAUUAUCCUUCCAGCGGCAGUACAACGCAGACUGGCAACACUGGUUAUUAUCCUUCCAGCGGCAGUACAACGCAGACUGGCAACACUGGUUAUUAUCCUACAAGCGGCAGUACAGCGCAGACUGGCAACACCGGUUAUUAUCCGUCUGGUGGCAGUACAACGCAGACUGGUUAUUAUCCUACCAGCGGUAACACCAUCAAUUAUUCGUCAGGCGGGGGAAGCACGACACAAUCAAAUAACAAUGCUUAUGCACAGCCGAGCACGAACACUGGGAGUACUUACGGUUACCCAGAUGGUCAAUUUCAAGGCUACAUAGUGGGUGAAUAUGCGAGUGGGUAUCCAGACGGAUCGACGGAAUAUGAGCAGUUUGUGUAUGGUGUUUACGGCCUGAAUAAUGCAUAUGCGGCGCUGGCAAACACAGCAGGGUCAAACAGCUACGCUGCAAAUACACGACCCUGA